AUGGUUGGCAUUGGGCUGGGUUUGAGGAAGGCUCUUCAAGAAGGCGAUCCCAAUGAAAUUUCACGGGGUCAAAUUCUCGAAAACUCACCUGCAGAAAAAUGCGGGCGUUUGAAAGUCGGCGAUCGAGUGGUGGCAGUGAAUGGGAUCGACAUCCUGAAUUUAUCGCAUGGGGAAAUCGUGAACUUGAUCAAAGCAUCUGGCCUUACCGUGCGGCUAACUAUCGCUCCACCAGUGUCGGAUGGUAGUCCACUGGCGUCCAGUACGUUGAACCGUUCGGUUUUACCCAACGCCUACAUGCCGUCACCACCGUCCACCUACGUUCCUCCUCCGCCAGUGUUUCAAAACGGCGGUUUCUACGCUACACUCGGACGGCCAAGUUGUGAGAGUCUUCUAAUGGCACUGCAAGAAUCGGGCGUCUUCGACACCUACAGCGAGUCAGCCGACAUGGAGGCCAUCGAAUCGUUAACACCCUCUGAAUCGCCGCUGUUGAUACCAUCGUCAUCGUUCCGCCGCACAUUUGUGGCAACGGCUAGAUCCAGGGUUGAGCUGACAACAAUCGGUGUAGAAAACGACGAAUCAGACAGUCCGAUAAUUUCUGUGGAAUUGGAACGUGGCGUUCGUGGAUUUGGUUUCUCUAUUCGAGGUGGACAAGAAUUUGGUGCCAUGCCAUUGUUUGUACUUCGAAUCGCCGAAGAUGGUCCAGCAGCGAUCGAUGGCCGAUUAAGGGUCGGAGAUCAAUUAAUUUCAAUAAACGGUCGUGAUACAAAAGGUCUCACUCAUGAGGAGGCUAUACCAACUGAUCAAGCAACAUCCGACGGUUCGUCUCACCGUUCGUCGCCAUAA